AUGGAAUCAAACGAUGCACGUUCUAACAAACUAUCGAGUUAUACUUCCCGAAAACGAAGAUCAUCUCGUGAAUCGAAUUCCUCUCUUGAUCGACACGGAAUUCGAACCGAAACCGCGGAUGAAGGUCUUGAUACAUUGCAACUCUUACACCGGUUGGAAUCAAAGAACCGAGAGUUGGAAACACGUAUCAACAACAUGUACACGGAAUUCAAGACAAUGAGAUCUGAAAAUCAAGAUCUUAAAUCACGUAUCAACAAACUUGAACGUCGAUCACAUGAUACCACGCCUAUGAAUCAAGAUGUGCAGCUAGAAGAUUACGAUUCUGAGCAACCUUGUAUAGAAAUACAAGCUGGGAGUACGAAUGUUGACCAACUUGUUAAAGACUUCGACAAACGGUUCGGGUUACAUACUUUAUCAUUAAAAGUGAAUCCGACGACAUCGCAAAUAGAAUUUGAUUGUUUGACUCAAAUUCAGUCUAUUCGAGCUUAUUCUUUAAAACAAGAGAAAACGGAUCAAAAGAAUCAAACUUCAGAAUUACUACGUGUCAUUACAACAUCACCCAAUUUGCCUGAUUAUUUAUUUCUGAAUCGUGGUUAUCGUCGACUUGAAUCAGUAAAUACCAAUACAUGGAAAGUUAUACGAGGAUGGUCCAAACAAGACUUAGAUUAUGGCAAUCAAGAUACAAUAGGAUUGAUAACAUGUAGUUAUGAUGGUUCUUAUUUAGCAAUGAAAAUUAAGUGGAAUGAACGUACCAUUCGACCAGGAGAAAUGGUUAAUUAUCGACGAGAAGAAUAA